CUCCUCCACGUCUUGGCAGUCGGGGCCAAGUAUGGCAGGAGUGAAGACUUGUGCCCGCCUCUCUCCGCGGCUUUCCCCUCACACACCUCUGACAAGAUUGCGCAUUUUCCACACACAAGGGGCGAGAUGCAGCUCCUCUACCACAGACGCGCCUACGCCCGCGCACGCCACAUUCAAGGCAUCAGACCUCCAGAUAGACUUUUGCCGGCCAGAGCAGUUAAGGAGUAAGCCCCCAGUGAAGGAACUCCUGUUUGGAAAGUCCUUUACAGACCACAUGUUGAAGAUUUACUACACGAAGGACGCUGGCUGGGGCGCCCCGAGGAUCACACCCCUGCAGGACCUCCGCUUGCAUCCUGCUGCUAAAGUUCUGCACUAUUCUGUGGAGCUGUUUGAAGGCAUGAAAGCAUUCCGAGGCGUGGACGACGAGAUUCGACUGUUCCGUCCAGAAAUGAACAUGGCUCGUAUGAACAGGACAGCCGCUCGCUCUGCCCUGCCGACCUUCGAUGGGGGAGAGCUGGUGACACUGCUGAAGAAACUAGUGAAUGUGGACCAAGAAUGGGUACCGCACACAGAGUCGUCGAGUUUGUAUAUACGGCCCACUAUGAUCGGAACUGAGCCAACUCUAGGGGUGGUGCGCCCUGCUGAAGCCCUGCUGUUUGUCAUCCUGUCCCCUGUCGGUCCUUACUUUGCCAGCGGAUUCAAGCCAGUGUCUCUCCUUGCCGACCCGCGCUAUGUCCGAGCGUGGCCUGGUGGUGUAGGAAUGAUGAAAAUGGGAUCAAAUUAUGGACCCACACUGGAGAUACAGCGUCAGGCGGAGCAGCAGGGUUGUCAGCAAGUGUUGUGGCUGUUUGGACCGGAACACCGCAUCACAGAGGUGGGGGCCAUGAACAUAAUGGUGUACCUCGUCAACAAACAGGGAGAGAAAGAGCUCGUAACACCCCCUCUGGACGGCCUGAUCCUCCCUGGGGUGACGCGCGACUCCCUGCUCACCCUAGCAAGGAGAUGGGGUGAAUUUAGGGUGUCGGAGCGAGAUAUCACCAUGGGGGAAGUGGAGGAGGCUAGCGAGGAAGGCAGGUUAUUAGAGAUGUUUGGAGCAGGAACGGCAGCAGUAGUGACACCAGUAGGAGAGAUUCACUACCAGGGGAGAGUCAUCAGAGUGGCGGGGGAGACAGAAGACCCAGGGCAAGGCAAGGAGCAGGAGGUGUCGCUGGCUCAAAGAUUCUAUAACACUAUAACAGGAAUUCAGUACGGGAAGACUGAAAGUGACUGGGCUGUUAAGAUUGAUAGCUAGUGUGUGUGUGUGUGUGUGUGUGUGUGUGUGUGUGUGUGUGAUUGUGGGUGUGUUUGAGGUGUGUUUUGGUGUGUU